GCAGGAAGGGGGCAGGGCACGCGGGAAAUUCGAAGCCGCCCAUCCCCCUCUCCUCCCGGCUAAGGAUGUGUUUGCGCAUGCGUCCAGGAAGUUGCCUCGAUCCCUGUUUGCGGCCUUGGGUGGUGCUGAUAAAGCUGAUUGGAAGAGCGCGAGCGGGCCACAAUGGCGGCGUCCGGAGCCGCGGCCGGAGGCGGCGGCCGGAGCGGCGGCGGGCUGGGUUUCUUGUCGUUGGCGCUCGGGGUGUCCCUGCUCAAAUGCCUCCUCGUACCCGCCUAUUAUUCUACAGAUUUUGAAGUACACAGGAACUGGCUUGCUAUCACCCACAGUUUACCAGUAUCACAAUGGUACUAUGAGGCAACUUCAGAGUGGACUUUGGAUUACCCUCCAUUUUUUGCAUGGUUUGAAUAUGCAUUGUCACACAUUGCCAAAGUUUUUGAUCCAGAGAUGCUGAAUAUACAAAACUUGAAUUAUGCCAGUCCUAGAACUGUACUUUUCCAGAGAUUUUCUGUCAUCUUUACAGAUGUCCUUUUUAUAUAUGCAGUCUAUGAGUGCUGCAAAUGCAUAGAGGAGAAAAAAGCUGGAAAAGAACUUACAGAGAAGCCAACAUUUAUUCUUUCCGUUUUACUUCUAUGGAAUUUUGGAUUGCUAAUUGUGGAUCAUAUUCACUUUCAAUACAAUGGUUUUUUAUUUGGAUUAAUGCUGCUUUCAAUUGCCCGAUUAUUUCAGAAAAGGCAUUUGGAAGGAGCAUUUCUCUUUGCCAUUCUCCUGAAUUUUAAGCACAUCUACCUUUAUGUGGCCCCAGCUUAUGGAAUCUAUUUGCUGAGAUCUUACUGUUUCACUGAAGAUAAACCAGAUGGCUCUGUCAGAUGGAGCAGUUUCAGUUUUCACCGACUAAUUGCCCUGGGUUUCAUAGUUUGCUUUGUUUCUGCCCUUUCUUUGGGUCCUUUUAUAGCCUUGAACCAGCUGCCUCAGAUAGUUUCGAGGCUUUUCCCUUUCAAGAGGGGUCUCUGCCAUGCCUACUGGGCUCCAAACUUCUGGGCUUUGUACAAUGCUUUGGACAAGAUGCUCUCCAUUAUUGGUUUGAAGUUUAAUCUUCUUGAUCCCAAGAAGAUUCCCAAGGCCUCAAUGACAAGUGGUUUGGUUCAACAAUUCCAACACACAGUCCUGCCCUCUGUGACUCCAUUAGCAACUCUCCUUUGCACUGUGAUAGCCAUGUUGCCCUCUAUUUUCUGUCUUUGGUUUAAACCCCAAGGGCCCAGAGGCUUUCUUCGGUGUCUAAUUGUUUGUGCAUUAAGUUCCUUCAUGUUUGGGUGGCAUGUUCAUGAAAAAGCAAUACUCCUAGCAAUUCUCCCAAUGAGCCUUUUGUCUGUGGGAAAGCCACAAGAUGCUGGGAUUUAUCUGCUUCUGACCACAACCGGCCAUUAUUCCCUCUUCCCAUUGCUCUUCACAGCCCCAGAAUUCCCAAUUAAAGUGUUACUCAUGCUACUAUUUACUGUUUAUAGUUUUUCAUCACUGAAAACUUUGUUCAGAAAAGAAAAACUUCUUAAUUGGAUAGAAACCAUCUACCUCAUUGGCUUGGGGCCUCUGGAAAUCUGCUGUGAACUUGUAUUUCCUUUCACCCCCUGGAAACUAAAGUACCCCUUCGUUCCUUUGUUCCUGACUUCAGUAUAUUGUGCAGCAGGCAUCACAUAUGCUUGGUUCAGACUGUCUAUUUCAAUGUUGCCUGGCCCUGCUGUCGGCAAGGCGAAGCUACAAUGAAUAAAGGGACUGCUUGGAUGACUUCCAGGCAAUUACCUCAUGGAAAAUUAACCAGCAUUUGAAAAAGGUUGCUGGUGGCAGAAGCCAUUCGUUUCAGUGGGUCCUGCUUUGAACAUGUCUGCACCAUUCUUCCAAACUACCCACUGAUGUUUUUCAUUCAGAGAGGCUCUAUUUUCUUUCUUUCUUUUUUUUUUUUUAAAUUUGAAAAUACUGGUGUUGCCCACCACAGCAACCUGAUUAUCACCAUGGUGAGAAGUCACUUGCCCUUCUAAAGCUACAAAACAGAAACCCUGCCUCCUUUAAAAUUGUCUGUUGGAGAGAUGCAGAUUGCUCUGCUGAAUAUAAAUCUUGCUCAAGAUAAAUAAUAGGUUCAAAUCCAAGCAGCUUAGUUAUUUAUAGCCCACAAAAUAAUUACUGUCAGGAUAGAAAACAUAAUUACAACCACACACUGGGGACAGAGCUAAAUAAAAUACUACUUUAUAUUUCUAUGUUAAAAUUUUUGGUUCAUUGACAGCUAGGUUUCCCAUUGGGACAUAUAUAAGCAGAUGGUGGUCUGGUCACAGACCCCUCAUUCUAGGAGUCCUUUUAAAUGAAAUAAUAGCAUGAUACAAAUGAAGGAGGGGUAUGGUGGGAGGAGGAGGGCUUUCUUAAAUAAACUGGUUAGCUAGGAAAAGAAUGGCAAGAAAUAAAUCAGGCCAAGUUUGGCUUUCUGCUUGUGUAAAAUCAAGAAUACAAUUUGCUAUUGGGUCAUGCUGCCAGCAGAGGGAGCACACUGUGGAAGCCGUUUUCUCAAAUGUUUACAUAGCAGCCCAUCAAAGAUGGUCAUUGAAUAAUAGAAUGGUAGAGUUAGAAGGGACUUGAGGACACAAUGUUAGGGCUGAAAGGUAUCUGUUUAAAUUCUUCAUUUUAUAGAAGAGAGAUCUGGAGGUCUGGAGAAAUUAAAUGGCUUAUCCAAUGUAACACAGCUCUCCAUUAGCAAAGGGGGGGACUAAAAACAGUCUGAUCAAAUCAACUAUGAAACAACUAAAGUUAUGACAUAGGAUAAUGGGGAAAGAAUGUCACGUCAUUAUUUCCUUUAAAUAUUUGAAAGACCAGAAUAUGUAAGAGGGGUUCAGUGUGUUCUCCUUGUCCCUAAGGGUAAAGGUAGGAGUAGUGGUUAGAAAGUGUAAAGAGGCAGAUUAAAUAAAUAAAUAAAGUUA